UUUUCUCUGAUGGACCGUGAACCCGCCCGCCAUCUUUUUUAUAUCUGAGUACAAAUACCAGACCGCUACCACCUUUCUUCUCAACCACCCUUUCCAUCCUUCACAAAUUCUUCUCCCCUAAUCACCCUUCAUCCUACAUAAAUCAAUCAAAAUGGGAAAAUCAAAGGAUACCAAGACCAGCAAGGUCAAGGCUCAGGCACCAGUUGUCAGCAAGAAGUCUGCCAAGGAGGUCGUCGCAAAGGCUGCCCCUUCCAAGAAGUCCAAGAAGGCCGCACCACCGUCUGAGUCUUCCGACUCCGACUCUGAGUCCGCCGAGUCUGCCGCUAGCUCCGAGUCCGAGUCCGAGUCUGAGGCUGAGGUCGAGGUCAAGAAGACCAACGGCGCUGCCAAGAAAGAGGUAGCUACCUCUGAUUCCUCUGACUCAUCCUCAUCCAGCGAAAGCGAGGAUGGUUCAUCUGAUUCUGAUUCUGAUGAUUCCAAGCCCGCCGCCGCCACUGAGGAGAGUGACAGCGACGAUUCGUCCGACAGCGAGGAGGAGGCCGCCCCAGCCAAGGAUGCCAAGGCAACUGAGUCUGGUUCCGAUUCUUCCGAUAGCGACGACUCUGACGACUCUGAGGAGGAGGAGAGCACCGAGGAGGCUGCCCCAUCCAAGAAGCGCAAGGCCGAUGAUGAGGAGGAGGAGACCGCCGCCAAGAAGUCCAAGACUGAGGUCGAGGAUACCGGAUCCAAGAACCUGUUCGUUGGUAACCUGAGCUGGAACAUCGAUGACGAGUGGUUGUACCGCGAGUUCGAGGAGUUCGGUGAGAUCACUGGCGCUCGCGUCAUCUCUGACCGCGAGUCUGGCCGCUCCAAGGGUUUCGGUUACGUUGAGUUCGCCAACUCCGCCGAUGCCGCCUCUGCCCUCAAGGCCAAGAAGGGUGCUCUCAUCGAUGGUCGCGAGGCCAACGUUGACUUCUCCACUCCCCGUGACAACGCCGCACCAAAGGACCGCGCCAACGCUCGCGCCCAGACCUACGGUGAUGCCAAGAACCCAGAGUCCGACACCCUUUUCGUCGGCAACAUCUCCUUCGAGGCCAACGAGGACAUGCUCGGCGAGGCUUUCGGUGCUCACGGCACUGUCGUGAACGUCAGACUCCCAACUGAUAUGGACUCCGGAAACCCCAAGGGCUUCGGAUACAUCACCUUCUCUUCGGUUGAGGAUGCCAAGAACGCCAUGGAGAACAUGAUGGGUGCUGAUGUCGGUGGACGCCCAGUCCGUCUCGAUUACGCUACCCCCCGCCCAGACCGUGAUGCCGGUGGUGGCGGCCGUGGUGGUGGACGCGGCGGUGGCCGUGGUGGACGUGGUGGCUUCGGUGACCGCGGCGGACGCGGUGGUGGACGUGGCGGUGGACGCGGUGGCUUCGGCGACCGUGGUGGACGCGGUGGACGUGGCGGCGGUCGUGGUGGCAGCACCAACCGUGGCGGCUUCGGCGACUUCGCUGGCAAGAAGCAGACCUUCUAAAUGUCGGUUUGUUAGGGAUGAUGCACAUAAUUGCCGCACAGGACUGAGGGCUCCUUUUGAGAUACUUUGACACGUUGGCUUGUGGUUCGUUGGCUCUGUGGGUUGUCCGCUCUAGACUUAUACUCCCUCUUGGGAGCUGUGGCUUUGAGAUCAAGCUUCUUCGGAAGUGACACCAGUGGCUUUUGACAUGACAAUGACGGCUGUUCCUAGUUGGCUUUUGUGGGCAUUGACCAGAAAACGUGGGCUUUUGAAUACUACGAAGUCGAGACGAACAUUCUUAUUUCCCCGUUCUGGGGACAUCUUGAAUGGGAUCGAGCUUCCUGUGGGCUUCUUGAGGGCUAUUCCAAAAAGUUUUACUGUGGCGUUAGGCUCCCAAAGUUUCUGGCUAGUCGCCAGUGGCGUUCUCUUGUUUUUAUAGUUUGUUUUUACCUCCUCGGAACCCCGGUGUAUAUCAUGGUUUUUCAUCGAUCGUCGCCGGUAAGUAAUACAGAUGUGCAAUGAAGUUUAGGACCCCAUUUACUACAUGAACAAAUGAAAUCUGUUAUGAC